UGACCCUUCAGUCACAUUUUAGAACGCUUUCGCUUAACCUGCUCCCAAACUAGGUAGAAGCAGAGAUGAUCGUGCGCCUAACUGGGAUUCCUUUGUGACAUACAUAAAGCGUUAAGGAAUCCGCUCUCUGUGAUAAUCUUCGGCUAUUUUAAGAAAUUAUCCCGCAGGCAAUAUGGUUGUGGCACCAGUCGAUAGAAUUUCUCCGCUGCUAGUCAAGAAAAUCGAGCUGCGGCUCGAAAACGAAUCCUUGACGGCAGACUUCGCGAUGGUGUGCAACGCGCCUGACAAAGAAUUUUACGACCGCGUCCAGUCUUAUGAUAUACAACUGACCGAAACGUAUUCCGUUGACCUCCGGUUUUGGCCCAAUGGCGUACAGGAAGGAGGCCCCGUAACUCUGAUGAUUUCGCCACAGAGAGAGGACGCAAAAGGCUUAUAUGUUAAGUUUGAAGUGCGCAUGGUUGCUUCGGAUAAUAAUAACUGGUUCGCCUACAAAAUGGAAGAGUUCAUAGGGUUAGAGUUUGGGUUGGCAUGGAAUAUCAAUAUAUGUGACGUAAAGAAAAUCAAGGAUAACCCAGAACAUCUAGCUCCAAAAGGAUGCAUGCUAUGUUUCGCGACUACGACAAUACACACUACAAUGAUACCUCCGCCAACUCCUUUACGAAGUGGAGACUUCAGCGAGAAGAUAGCACUUAUCAAAGACAAAAUUUAUCAAUCUUCAUUUGGGGACAUGAGGAUCUUUGUUCGCCAAGUUGAGAUGUACGCUCACCGAUGUGUUCUGAUACGGCACGGAAUCUUCAGCUCAUCAGUUGCAUCGUUGCCACCUAAUUCUUGUCUUAUAACAGCGGAUGGUUCAUGCCCCCGAGUUAUAGAGGAAUUUGUAGUGGAAGCCUACCUAUCGAUAGGAAAGGACGAAUUUCAACAACUUUUAUCAUAAUGACUCUUAAGUUCUCACAGGAUUAGAUCAGGAAUUAAGUUCUCGAAGGCGUCCUUUUUUAGUUGAAAGAAAAAACGACAUAAUUUGAAGGAGAACUUGAGAAAUGUAAGUCACUACAUUGAGAAAAUUUGGAACUCCUUAAAUUUUGGUCUGAUCUUGGGGGAACUUUUGAACGAUGUAAAUAGCAAAUUAGCAAAUUAAAAAUAAAUUGACUCAAAGCGAA